AUGGCGUCGUUGGCAUUGCCAAGGUUUGCGGUGUUCCAAUUAAAAUCACGCCAUACCUACUUGCGCUACAUACCCGACGAUGGGGAGUUACAUGGGACUCUCCAAUUCACUGGAGAGGAGAUGGGGAGCCCCUGUUACAAUAACAAAUACUGGAUGGCUAAGUCAAGCUCCGACACCUGCAUUGUUGCAGGGGCUGAUGAACCUAAUGAAGACCAAUCCCAAUGGUCACGUACGUUGUUCAAGCCUAUUCGGAUUGAUGGUGAAGAACGUAGUACUGGUAGUACUAUUUCUACUGUACAUGCUCAAUUUCGCCACGUUCAGCUCGGGUUCUAUUUAGACUUCACAAACGAGGUCGGCCUAUAUGCAGAUUCAACACCUGAUCGUCACUGGAGUUUUAUUUUCCAUAUUCACGAUUGGGAAACGCUGUUGAUAUUGCCCAAACACAUCGAGCUCAAGGGGGACAAUGGCCUAUACCUCAGCGCCCGCUUGAUCCAUGGACGCCAGUAUCUGCAGUUCGCGUCCAGUGACAAUGGAGACCCGACGGUUGGGAACGAGGUGUUCAUCUCUCAAUACGGAAAUGUCCGCAUCAAGAACAAUCACUCUGGCAAAUUCUGGAGGCUCAGCCCUAAUUGGAUCUGGGCUGACUCAGAUGACACCACCACCGACGACUCGGACACGUUGUUCUCCCCCGUAAAAGUUGGCGACAACGUCAUUGCUCUCCGCUGUAUGGUUAACAAAAGUUUCUGCAUGAGGAUCUCCGAAGAGGGAAAGGAGAACUGUCUCAAUGCUGGAGUGCAAACGCUUUGCAGGGAGGCACGCUUAGUGGUUGAAGAGCUUGUUAUCUCAAGGGAAAUUUAUAAUGUUUAUUUUCGCCGCUUGGCUGCGAGAAUCUGA